UGUUGUUGGUCACCCCGGUGUUACACGCGUGUUUCAUUCUGAAAUAUUUGACUUGUUCUGUAGAAUUUAUAUAUAACAUGCAAUUUAAUGUUUCAAGAUUUUGAUUAUGUUUUCUGUUAGACGAGAAAUGGGGAAAAUUAUAAAAUAUAUGUGUAAUGGAUAUUCUUUUGAAGAAACUGUUUCUCUUGCAACUAAUGCACUGAAAAGUGGUAAAGUGAUUGCCUUACCAACUGACACUAUUUAUGGUGUAGCUGCUUUGGCUCAGAAUACUGAAGCAGUUAAUGCAAUGUGCAAAAUCAAAAGAAGAGAUAAUGGGAAAAAAUUUGUUGCAAUUUGUGUUGGCAGUAUUGAUGACAUUCCAAAAUGGGGAAAAGUAGUAUUCCCAAAAUCUAUAUUGACUGAUUUGUUGCCUGGACCAGUAACACUGAUCAUGGAGAGAAAACCAGCUCUUAAUCCAAAUUUUAAUCCUCAUACUUCUACUAUUGGAAUAAGGAUUCCCAAUUCUAAAAUUAUUCAAAGUGUAGCUGCUGCAUGUGAUGAACCACUGGCUUUAACUAGUGCAAAUAUUAGUUCAACAAGAAGUACACUUUCAAUAGAGGAAUUUAAAGAGUUGUGGCCGGACCUUGAUUUAAUAAUUGAUGGUGGUGUACUUGGUCAAUGUGAUCCUAACAGACUUGGAUCAACGGUUGUAGAUUUAUCCAAACAAGGUUUUUACACAAUUGUAAGAAAUGGAUGUUCUCGUGAAAAUACUGAAAAGAUUCUUUUAAAACAUGGAUUGAAAGAACUUCGGUGAUAUAUGGUUAUAAUUAGAUAUUUGUAUGCUUUAUGUAUUCAUUUGUACAUAUCAUAAAAAUUUUUAUAUUUAUAUUUGCU